AUGGAUGAUGAUCUUUCAACAUUUACAAAGAAUAUUGGAUUACAGCAAAAUAACUUGAAACGAAUGGAUGUUCGAUUGAUUUGUGACACAUUUGAUUUGCCUUCAGUUCAAAGUUUUGACAUUGCUGACAAUGGAAUGGAGUUUGUACAUCCAAAAUCUCUGUCCUGUUUUCGAAACCUUCGAAGUUUAGAUUUAUCAAAAAAUCAGUUGUUCAAAAUGGUUGAUGAGAACAGUGCCUUGUUCCAGAAUUUAUUUCAAGGACUGAACUAUCUAAAAGUACUUAGAAUGUCAGCAAAUGGACUACAUAAUAUUCCAAAUUAUCUCUUCCAAAAUAGCCAAUCCAUCGAAGAAAUUGACCUUUCAGACAACACAUUGGAUCAGGUGACCUUCAUUUUACGUGACCUUGAAAAUCUAAAAGUCCUUGACUUACAGGGUAAUAACAUUCAUCUCUUGGAUCCUCUGUCUAUUCACCAUUUAAACUCUAUAUCACGAGAAAGCAAUGUUAACAUUUCUAUUACAGUGAUCCUGACUUCGAAUCCUAUUUCAUGCUCAGAUUGUGGGGCAAAAUCAUUCCUUCAGUGGCUUAUAUCUACAUAUCUGAUCAAAAUAGAUUCCCAAAGGCUGACAUGUUUGGAUGAAAGUAGCAAACAUAAUGACAUAACCGGCAAAACAGUAGAAAUGGUGCAAGCAAUCUGCAAUCGGAAAACAAUUAAAAUUUCCAUCAGUGUAUCAGCAGCCGCAUUCUUUCUUUUUUCGAUUUCCAUUGUAAUAGCAAUCUAUAAAAGAUACAAGCACAAACAGAGGAUUCAAAACAGAACAAACGUUAUAAACAAUUUAAGAGAUGGUGAGGGACAGUACCAGUUUGCUGUAUUUCUGUCAUUUAGUAACUUAGAUGAAGAAUUUGUCAACUUGCAUGUUCUUAACAAACUGAAUGAAAACCUUCAACUGAUGACUGGCAUAGACAGAACUCUGGUCUGUACCGGAGACCAGCAUUUCAGACUAGGUUUUAACGUCCAUGACGAAACAUUCAGGCUGCUUGAUUCUGCUUCAGUCCUAAUUGUUGUAGUCUCAAACCAUUUCCUUACUAGUGACUUUUGUCAAUCUGAAUUAGAUAAAGCUUAUGAGGACAGAAAGCCAAUAGUACUUAUGCUUACAGAACAAGUUGACCCCGACUGCAUGAUGCCGACCAUGAAAGCACUCUACCAAAACAAUACACGCAUCCUUUGGAAAUCUGAAAAUGGUGAAUACGUUCUCAAAACAUCAUGGGAAAAUGCUUGUAAAUCUGUGCUAGACCUCAUUUUAUGUAAAACAUAA